CGUCAGAGUGAGUGAGCUGAACCUUGCCCCAGCAAGCUGUCACACAGGCGGUGGACAGGAGACAACGCUCUUCAACCAAACGUCAUGGCAUGCAGGCUGCUCCCUAUCCUGCUUGGGACCUCCCUGGCUGGCUUCCUGCUGCCUGGGGCAAGUGUAUUCAUUAACCGCGAACACGCCAGCAAUGUCCUGCAGAGGGCCAGGAGGGCAAAUUCACUUUGGGAAGAGUUAAAGAAGGGAAACCUUGAAAGGGAGUGUUUGGAAGAGACCUGCUCAUAUGAAGAGGCCCGAGAAAUCUUUGAAGAUACUGACAAAACGAAUGAAUUCUGGAAUAAAUACAAAGAUGGAGAUCAGUGUGACAGCAGUCCUUGUCAGAAUGAGGGCAAGUGUCAAGAUGGCCUCGGGGAAUACACCUGCACCUGCACGGAUGGCUAUGAUGGCAAAAACUGUGAAUUAUUGCUCCGGAAGCUCUGCAGCCUGGACAACGGGGGCUGUGACCAGUUCUGCAGAGAAGAAGAGAACUCAGUGGUAUGCUCCUGUGCCACAGGAUACAUCCUGGGGGACAAUGGCAAGUCCUGCAUCUCCACAGAGCCAUUCCCCUGUGGAAAACGGACCUUGGCACGAAGAAAGCGGUCACUGGCAGAGGCUGAUGACAGUGAGACACCCCCAGAAAACUCCACACUGGAGGAGGACUACCAAUAUGACUUCCCUCCAACAGAGAAUCCUCUCCCACUGCUGGACAACAAUCAGACACAUCCUGAGGAGAAUGACAGAGAUUUUGUGCGGAUCGUGGGUGGGAACGAGUGCAAACCUGGGGAGUGUCCGUGGCAGGCUUUACUCGUCAAUGAGGAAAACGAGGGGUUUUGUGGAGGCACCAUUCUGAAUGAGUACUACAUCCUCACCGCGGCUCACUGUCUCCACCAAGCCAAAAGAUUCAAGGUGAGAGUAGGGGCACGGGACAUCGAGAAGGAGGAGGGCAGUGAAAUGGCGCACGAAGUGGAAAUGAUAAUAAAGCACAACAGAUUUGUGAAAGAAACCUAUGACUUUGACAUCGCCAUCAUCAGGCUGAAGACCCCCAUCAAAUUCCAGAUGAACGUGGCGCCCGCCUGCCUGCCAGAGAAGGACUGGGCCGAGUCGGUGCUGAUGACUCAGAAUAGCGGGUUCAUCAGCGGGUUCGGGCGCACCCGUGAGAAUGGCCGUCCGUCCACCAUCCUCAAGAUGCUGGAAGUGCCCUACGUGGACCGAAACAAGUGCAAGCUGUCCAGUAGUUUUCCUAUCACUCAAAAUAUGUUCUGUGCAGGCUAUGAUGUCAAGCAGUUAGACGCCUGUCAGGGAGACAGCGGGGGCCCCCAUGUCACUCAAUUCAAAAACACCUAUUUUGUCACUGGGAUUGUCAGCUGGGGAGAAGGGUGCGCGAAGAAAGGGAAAUAUGGAAUCUACACCAAAGUCACCUCCUUCCUCAAGUGGAUAGACCGAUGCCUGAAAGCCAAGGCCAGAAAGCCACAGCCUCCCUCCACUUGAUCCCAACCGCCUUCUCCGCAGACGCUGCUUGCCACAAUCCCUGCGGAUCAUUCCUAUUAAAGGAAUUCCACUCAAAA